CAUAUUUUUCCUCUCCAAAUGUGUAUCGAAUUUCAAAACCUCCUUUCCAAUAUUCACUUUUGCUGAAGCUUCUGCUCCUCUACCUUUCUCUUUCUCUUUCCUCUCCCCCUUCUUUAGCUAGCCUUGGUGCUGGUUCAUGGAUAUUGAACCCUUGUGGGCUCUUGGGGGGUGGUUUAUUUUUCUUGAUAAUUGCAUGGCAGCACCUAAAACACCAUCAACAAUCUCUGGAACAACCACUAAAACCCACCCUCUCUUUCUCCUUUUUGCCCUUUUCUGCAUUUUUCUCAUCCUGCUUAGCUCUACCCACCCUGUAAACCCUUCAAAAAUGUCUCCCUCAAUUACCCACAAAAGGUUUCUCUUGGAAUCCUCUGAGUCAUCAUCGUCAUCUACAACAUCCACCGUGAACUUGCAUCCCAAACAAACCAAAAACAAGCCUACAAAAAGAGAGUUUCGAGCUGCAGCUCAUGAAGUUCCCAGCGGACCAAACCCUAUUUCAAACAGGUAAGUUUAUUUAGCAGUAUAUAGUAUGGAACUGGACCACCAUGAACCGGCUGAAGAUGAUAAGGUCAUAACGGGCGAAGUUAUUAUGAAACUGUCAUCAUUAUGGCUAUUGUUUCAGUCCAUCAUUUAAUAGAGCUUGUCCUCAGUCAGAGGUUUGUUGUCUUUGUUAUUAUCGUUAGCGUUACUUUUUUUUUUUUUAACUAUAUUUUUGUUUUUUUUUUCUUUUGAAAAAAAACUAGAAAUGUAUAGCAAGAGCGAUAUUCUAUAUGCAUGUAUUUAUCUAUUUGUUUCAUAUAUAGAUGAUGGUGGUAUGGUUUAAUUAA